GUGACGGGAAGGGGUGGCUGCGCCAGGGGCGCGCGGGCAGUCGGAAGUAGUGUUUUAUACUGUGUGGAACAGGGAGGCAGCUAGCAGCGAGCGGCAGCAACGGCAGUAGCGGCAGCAUCAUCGAUAGCGCGGCGACUGGCGGCCGGAUAACUAUUAUCGCCAAUUCUGACGCGCUCGAGGCUGCGCUAACGCCGACUUCGCGGGGUGUUGUCGCGCGGCGAGAAGCGGCGAAUUCGCGCCGGAGUGAACAACGCUCGGGAGCGAGCGAGAACGACACGCGCCGUUGGCAUCGUGUGCUGCAACGGACAAGGUGGUGGUGCGAGUUGGGAUACACACAUACACACGUGCGUCUCGAACACACGCGCCCGGCCACUCGAAGCGCGUAUAAUAGGCCUGGACUGCGCAGUCGCACAUAUGCCCGGCGUGGCGGAGCGAUUGACACUGGCAUGAGCGCGAGCGUAAAAUGGCAAGGAAAAAGGGCAGCGCGCGGUUGAACUGUGUCAGCGAGGGCCGCUUCUUCUUCUGAGAGGACGUCUCUGACUCCGAUUACGCGAGUGUGCAAGGAAACAUGACAGAUGUUAAACCGAUCGGGAUUUCGACGUCGCAACCACAGCAGCAAUCGCAACCGCAGCAACAGCCGCAACAAAUGAUGAUCGCAACUCAUGACCUACAGCAACAGCAGCAGCAGAAUGUCCAGCAGCCGCAGCAACAACAUGUGCAGCAGCAGCAGCAGCAGCCCCAGCAGGUCCAGCAGCAGGCAGCUCAGGUGCAGCAGCAGCAGCAGGUUCAGCCGCAGCAGCAGUUGCAGCAGCAGGUACAGCAGCAAGUCCAGUCGCAGCAGCAGAUGCAGGUACAGCAGCAGGUGCAGCAGCAGCAACAGUCGCAGCAAUCGCAGCAGCAGCAGCAAAAUAACGGGCCUCACAAUGUUGUACCUACGCAGGUUCAAGUGCAGCCGCAGGUAGCUGCCAGCAUGCCGCAACAAUUGCAGGGAGCUGUUGCGGUGUCGAUGCAGCAUCAGCAACAGGGGGUAGGUGGUGGUGUAUCCAUGACGUUAUCCGGUCAGCAAGGUGCAACCACCAUAACUACAAUGGCUGCGCAUCCGCAGGCGGUUCAAGUGAUUCAGCAGCCAAUUCAGAGUCAAGCUUAUCAUUUGCAACAAUUGUACAAUACUCAGGGUACGCCUUUGUUGAUGCCAGGAAAUCUCGCGCUCCACCCGGCGGGCCUAAAUCCCUCUUCUAUUCAGGUGAUAGCAGCUGGAAAGCCGUUUCAAUCUACAGCUCAACUAACUCCUCACAUGUUGGCCACGACAUCUUCACCUGGACAAGGAGGUGGUCAUCCAGGCGCGGCUGGCACCAAAGUCCCGGGAUUUCCCACCGGCUAUUUACCAGUACCCACGUCCGCUAAUCCCGGUGCUGGGCAGACGCUAGUGUUCGGUCAACUCGGUGUAUUAGGCUCCCCGCAGCCACCGCCUUCGCUGCAGCAGCAGCAACAGCAGCAAUCCACGAAUAAACAAGAUCAAGUACAAAAGAUCUAUUUCAAACAGUAUACAGCAUGCACCACUGGGACACCUUCGGGUGGAAGAACUGGUAUGCAGUUUGCACCUUGGCAAUUCGCCCCUCAAGUGUGGACCACUGGAUUGCAACCGACUGGACCGACGCUCCUCACUGCCGCGCCUAAUCAGAUAUUCAUUCGCGGUCCUACGCAAACUGAUAUGUUUAUACAAAGUCCACAGCCGAUACAGGCGCACAAUGCUCUCGCGGCGCAACAACAGAUACAAGGUGUGCAACAGAUUGCAACGGCGACCGGUGGAAAACCCGCUAAAGUGAUGGAUAUCCAGCAGCAACAGCCCCAACAGGGUAAACAGAACACGGCCAUACAGAGGCCGUUGAACAUCCUACCGUCAUCCUUGGCGGUACAGGCUGCCAAUGUGCGAGCUGCUGCUAGUUCUGUCUCUACGCAGACAGUUUACGGAGUACAAGCUACAGUACAAACACAGGGUAAGAGUGGCGGUGGUGGCGGGAAAGGCCGUGGCAAGCCGGUACAAUCUCCGCAACAGCAGCAACAGCAACAGCCACAACAGCAGCAGCAGCAAGCCCAACCAACGAUACAGCAUCAGCAAGUCUUCAUACAACAGAAGCAGCACACGCAGCAGCAACAACAGCAGCUGCAACAACAAUACCAACAAGUGCAAUCGUCCCCAAUACAAGCUAAACCUAUCAUGACGAAUAUGACGUUGCAACAACCACCACCUGGCGUUGUCCUGGGAGCGGAUCGUUCCAUUAUGCCGGUAGUCUCGGUGGGCGGAGUUGGAGUCGGGAUCGCUGCCACGUCGCAGAUGAAUCCAAUGUCGCAACCUCAGAUGUCGACUAUGCAGCAGCUACCUUUACCGGCAAUCAAUCCGACGAUUAUUGGUAAUCAAAUAAUGAGCGGUGCAUCGCAAGUUCAGGCGAUGCCGAUCGUGCAUGCGACGCAGGAUCAGUCGACACACGACAACACCAACUCGACGAUAAUGAUUACGUCGCCGGAUCGUAAUCCGCAGGCAGAGUGUUCUUUGAUAUUGCCAUCUACCACAAAUCCCCCGUUAAUGACCGACGAUAGCGUGAAGAUAGUUGCGAAGAAGGAAGACAUACCUGUCACUACAGAAGAUGUCGCGGCGGCACCUCAGUCGGAGAUAACUGAUGGAGAUCAAAGUAAGAUAAUAAAAGAAGAGGAAGCGACUGCUCCAAAAGUGGACGAGAAACAGUGCAAUAACCCGUUAACAGGGCUUGCCAAUGCAGUGAACGCGAUUACGAACGGCGUGGUUGGCGAUGAGUCACAGACCAUACCGAUCUCCGCGACAGUCAUAGUGAAUAGUAAACAAGCACCGCCUAAAGCCAUGGUUAAGCCUCAGGUCCUUACGCACGUGAUAGAAGGAUUUGUGAUACAGGAAGCGUCUGAACCGUUUGCAGUGAGUCAGGAUAUUACCAAUAUUCUUAAUCGAAGUAACACAGUCGUGGAAAAGGAGGCACACGAAGAGCCGCCAAAGAAGAAACUUUGUACUAGUUAUUUGAACGAAGAGGACGGCAUCAGCGGCCAAAUCAGUAAGUGCGAAAGCUGCGGUAAUAUGAUCGACGAACAAAACGUCAAGUUGAAAAAGGAAAAACGAUUCUGCUCGUCGAUGUGCGCAAAGAGUAAAAAACGUGAAACGCGAGAACGCGAUGCUCCGGAGAAACAAUGGACUGAAAUAGAGACUGAAAUGAAAACCGUUGAUAACGACAUGACGAAGAAGAACGGCGAGGAGAAACCAUUGUCUACGACUACCACAUCCUCCGCCGACGAAUCACUGCCGAAAGUGAAUCCGGUUAAAUGGACGGUGGGUGAGGUCUGCGAGUUCAUACGCGGCCUACCAGGAUGCGCCGAUUACGCGGAGGACUUUGCUAUACAGGAGAUCGACGGCCAGGCUCUUAUGCUGUUGAAAGAAGACCAUCUGAUGUCGGCAAUGAGCAUCAAAUUAGGUCCGGCAUUAAAGAUCGUCGCCAGGAUCGAUUCGAUGCGCGUAGAGUCGAACUCGAAUCCUUCCUCGAAUAAUUCAUAACCGUCUGUUUAUUAAUAGCGGAUUUCCAAAAAAAGUGUUUCCAGAACGUUUCUAGCCUGUGGGCUACAGGGUUUGUGCAAGUAUUUGAUUGAUUGUAAGUGUAUAGGAUUAAAUAUGUUUUAAUUGCGCAACAUCUAAGAGUAUGGACACGGACGAUUCUCAUAUCGAUAUGUUUUACCAAACGCUACUUUGUACAUUGCGACUUCUUUGAUUUAUCUCUGGAACAAAUUAUAUUAUGUACUUUAGUUUGCACAAUUAAUUUCAAAAGAGAGGUAGCAAUCCAUUAAAGCUGUCCAUUUUUUAAUUUAAAUGUAUGGAUCAAAGUAAAAAAAACAGUUCACUUAUUGGUAUUUUACUUUAUGGCGAAAAAUGAGGAUACUUGUAUACUAUGCGUAUGACGGAUACUCGUGAAUAUAAUAGAUUCUAUAAGAUACCUCGUUUAACAAAUUGUUCUUUAGAAUUUCUUUUAAAAAAACUUUAUUUAAGAGUAUCAUUCAUACGUUAUUUAUAAUUUGAUUUUUAAUGUAUUUAUUCAAUCUGAUAGCGAUUUAAACGAAUUUAAGGAUUGUCAUAUCCUUUUUUUUUUUAGAAACUACAUUAUCGAGUACACGUUUAUUUUACGCACAAAAAAUUGGAUUUGGGUGGAAAUUGUACUCUGGAGAUACUAAACAUUAAACAAUACGUUUGAAUUUGUUUAGUUGUAGUGGGUGCGACAUCGAUGUUUAAAGAUGUGUGCAUUUAUAACAUCGCGCAGUGAUCAUAUGGUUAGAUGAUCUCAAUGAUUUUACUGAUUCUGAUGAAUAGAACGUGUGUGAAAAGAUUUCAUUUGACAUGUACUACGAGGAUUUUCUCAAAGCGUACUAUUUUGUGAAACUGAGACUGUCAAAGACUAGAGUACAAAUUGUGUCCAUUAUGCAAAAGCAUAUAUUGUACAUAUGAAAAGGAGGAUACAAUACAGCACGCUGUAUUUUGUACUCAAAGAGUAAAUACCACCGGUUGACGUACAAAAUGCAUUGCCUUCGAUACAACUUACAGAUAAUAGUCGCAGUUACUGUCGCGUUAAGAAUGUCGAUAUUUUUCUUCUCACCGGAACGAUUUGACUAACUCGUUCUUACGCGCUGGUAUUGGAGGAAGAAAAAACGAAACUGCCUGCUUGUGUCAUUCGUAUUUUCAUACAUAUACCUACGUGUUUUUGUAAGACGUAAAACUUGACCGAUACAGAUGUAAAUAGUAGAUCUAGAACGAAUUAUUUAUUGUAUAAAAUUUUAUGACAUAAGAUUUUAGUUUCCAAGAGUUGCGCUCCAAUUGUCAUGGUUCUUGGUCUAAUAGAAGAGAAGUAAUUAUCUUAUUCUAUAAGAGAAAUUAUAAAUCUCUGUCAUUAAGGAUAUAACAUUAUGACGAAGUGAUAAGUCGGGGAAAGAAUUGUCACUAUUUUUAGUGUUGAACAACGUCUUUUCAACAAAAUAAAAUUUGAUAUAUUAAUUUUUAGUACGUCGAUACAUUGGCAUGUUUUUAAAACUCGCUGUAAAUAUAUAUUCAUUAUAUAAAUUCACACGCAUAACCGUCAAUUCUGGAGCUAACCGAGGCGAAGGUUGCUGCUUUUAUAUAUUUCGUACUGUAAGAGUAUUAAAAUUAAUUUUGUACGUAUUGCGAAAAGCAACUACGAGAUGAGAUUCCAAAUUCUACAGGAUCCGUCGAGUUUUGGAUUGCACAAUUGAUUUGCGAUGCGUUUUACGCGAAUGUUAAAUGUAGUAAUAAAUGUCUUUUUGUACGUUGUAAAAGAGAAUCUUAGCGGAGGAAGCAAUAUAGCUCGUAAACAAACCGUAUAACAUUACUAAAUUUAUCUCACGAUCUUAUUCAUGCCUAUUGAUAGAAAGUAGAGUCUCUGCAUAACGCAACUUGAAUAUUCUGUGCACAUGCAAAUUUUUUUACUCAGAUUCGGUUGCACCAACACACAAUGCGAGCUUGUUAACUCUGCCUCCGAGAAAAUCGUUAUCUUCCAUAUUGUAUACAUUAAUUAAAAAAUUAUAUUUCCUUCCUAUGUUUUUCUAUAAGGCUCCUGUACCAAGAAAAAAAACAUAGGCACGUGAAAGGCAUUCGAUUUGUUUAACGCUAAUUGAGAUUGGUGCAACUGUGGCUGACUCAUAGUUUUCGCGAAUGCUGAAAUUCCAGGUUCAAAAUUUAGCCUCGUUUUCGGUGAAGUUUUGAGACAACUCAGGGCCAAAUGUUUCACAAUAUACUUUUUUAUAAUGGAGAGAUACGCUCUGCAAUUGCAUAAAACUGAAAUAUUAUUAUACUAUUGGGAAAGCAGGGGUUGAAUAACUGCAAUUAAAACUUCUCGAAUAAAGAAAGUGUAAUGAA